AAUGAUGAAAAAUAAUACCAAUGUUUUACUUUAUUUUUGUUGCACAAUUUAAUGCCAUCAGGUCUUAGUUUAAACUGUUGAUUGAUUUUAUAAUAAUGUUUAUCGUUUAGGCUACAUGGUAAAACAGUGUGUAGCAAUAAUGGCCUUUGAGCAAGAGAGCCUGGUUUGAUUCCUAGCCUUGGGUCUCUGUUAGAUGAAUUGGCAUCUCUAAAUUAUGUUUGUUUGUGGUUUUGUGUCUCUGUGUCGCCCUGUGACAGAUUGUUGACCUGUCCAGAGUGUAUCCCACCUCUCUCUGCAACCCUGACGUAAUAAGAAUGAGAAGAUGGAUGGAUGUUUGUGAUUUAUAAAUUACUUUGGUUAUUUUAAGGUGCUUAGUGCCAUUUAUUGCCCACAGUUGGGCUGACUGCCAAUGAGUCAUUUAUUAUCCCACACACAAUCCCAGAUGAUGCCAAGCUUUCAGCUUGGUUGUAAUAGUUAUUGUGUAUUAAAUAUUCAUACUGUGUUGAAGGUUAAUUUGGGGCCUAGAUGGUUAGCAGUUUCCAUUUGGAACCCACUUAGUUUACAGCCAAUAGAGAAUCUGCUUCACAUGUUUUCAGUAAUUAACUCUUUUAAAAGGUGUGCUGCUUCACACAUGUGCCUGAAAAUAUAAAGAAAACUUUCUGUUAAAGAAGCUGUUUGCUCUCACCUUGCUAGUUUUGUGAUUCUAUGUUUUAUCUAAAUAGUUUGGACACCUUACUGUCUGAAAAACCAGCAGGGUCUUUGUUUUUCACAGAGGAAGUGAAAAGAGCAGAGGGUUUUUCAGUCAUUCGACGGUUGACAGGAUGCAGGUAACACCGCUUUGUCUGAUGCUGACCUGUCUGAAGGUCAGCCCUGAUCGGUCCCAGUUCUUCCGCUAUGAAUCCAUCUCCUUAAGCUGUGAGGAUCCUUUGAACUCCACUGACUGGAAGGUAAAGAGGAAUACUUCUGAUGGCGGGGUCAGGCUCUGCUCCUCAGGCUGGGGCUUCGCCUCUGCAGGCUUCAGCUGCAUCAUUGGAAACACCUACCCGAAGGACACUGGGGUUUACUGGUGCGAGUCGGAUGGACAGGAGCGAAGCAAUGUGGUCAACAUCACCAUAACUGAUCGCAGAGUAAUUCUGGAGAGUCCCACAAUGCCCGUGCCAGAGGGAACUGUUGUGGUUCUUCGCUGUAAAGCUAAGACUGACAGUUCCAAACACAGAUACAACUUCUAUAAAGAUGGCCGCAUCAUCAUGAGUAACACCUCGGGCGAAAUUUCUAUUUUCAGUGCUUCCAGAUCCGAUGAGGGACUCUAUACCUGCGGUGCCUCUGGGCUUGGAGAAUCAGAAGGCAGCUGGCUGACAGUUUUAGCACCUGUAUCCCCUCUGUCUUCAUUCCCCGUAUCCAGAGUUUUGUGUCAUCUCAUUGUGGGGAUACCUUACCUGUUGUCCACCUUCGUACUUGGACUCAUAUACAGGGACAGAAAGACAGCUGCGCGGAUAGUUGCAGAGAGGAAAUCUUGAUGUGAUGAAAGAGUGGUGUGAGUCAUUUGCAGCAUGCAAUCACCCAAAAGGAGGUCGUUUCAACUGAAAAUGAUUCCAGAGUCAAAAGAAAAUCUUUAUUUCUCAUGAUGGGGUAUUUAGUUAUCAUAAACUAUUUCAACUGCAUUGUUUUCAUAUAAAUGUAAAUUUUAGAGUAAUGCAUAUUUUAGAUACAUAACUGUUUUAUCAACUGUGAAGAGGAAGUGAACA